AUGUGGUUCGUUCAUAGCUGUCAACGGUGUAAGGGAAAUAACAAUGACUCAAUGUGGUGGUUGUCUUUCUUGUUACGCGUCAAAAUCGCCACGUCGUCUGACAGACGGCGCUGUUAUUCAAGAUGGCGUCCUCCUUGCGAGAGAAACAAAUUUUGGCUCUGAAACGUAUGUUGAACUUUAAUGUCCCCGCUACAAAAGCCACCGCAACAGAACCACAAUGGAAAGUCUUAGUAUAUGACAGAUUUGGCCAGGACAUAAUUUCACCUCUGUUAACAGUAAAGGAACUGAGGGAUAUGGGUGUAACCCUUCAUCUAAAAUUGCACUCUGAACGCGACUCCAUACCAGAUGUACCGGCAAUUUAUUUUGUUAUGCCAACAGAUGACAAUAUUCGGCGGAUAGGACAGGAUUUCCAGAGUCAAUUGUAUGAAACAUACUACUUGAAUUUUAUAUCGGCUAUUUCUCGUCAACGGUUGGAAGAAAUCGCCAGUGCGGCCAUUCAUAGUAACUGUGUCGCUCAAGUAUCCAAAGUGUUUGACCAGUACCUGAAUUUUAUAUCUCUUGAAGAUGACAUGUUCACUCUCCGUCACCAAGAUAGGGACAGCAUAUCUUACUAUGCGCUGAACAAGGGUGAUGUGAAGGACACAGAAAUCGAGCAGAUAAUGGACACUGUUGUAGAUAGUUUGUUCUCUGUGUUUGUGACCCUCGGGUCCGUUCCAGUAAUUCGCUGUCCAAGAGGAAAUGCUGCAGAAAUGGUGGCAGAGAAACUGGACAAGAAACUCCGGGAGAAUAUCAGAGAUGCCAGAAAUAGUUUCUUCACAAGCGACAACAUUCAAGCAGGGCAGUUCUCCUUUCAGCGACCAUUAUUGGUUCUUCUAGAUCGAAAUUUAGAUUUGGCAACAAUGCUGCAUCACACCUGGACAUACCAGGCACUCAGUCAUGAUGUGUUUGAUCUACAGUUAAAUAGAGUUGAAAUCGAGGAAUCAGUCGAGUCUAAGAAUCCAGCUGGCGGAGUUGUGAAGAAGAAGAAAACAUAUGACCUGCAGUCAUUUGAUAAAUUCUGGCAAGCUGAGAAAGGAAGUCCCUUCCCGGCAGUGGCAGAGGCAGUCCAAGUAGAACUGGAUUCCUACAGGGCACAAGAAGGUGAAGUUAAAAAGCUGAAAGCUGCCAUGGGAAUUGAAGGAGAGGACGAGUCGGCCCUUAGCAUGUUGUCAGAUCACACUGCCAAGCUGACCUCCACCGUCAGCUCUCUUCCAGAACUCCUAGAAAGGAAGCGUCUGAUCGAUCAACACACUAAUGUAGCCACAGCACUCUUGGAGCAAAUCAAGGCCAGAAAACUGGAUGUGUAUUUUGAAACAGAGGAAAAACUUAUGGGAAAAUCUGUGUUGGAUCAGUCGUUGAUGGACAUGAUAAAUGACAAUGAAUGUGGAACUCCUCAGGAUAAGGCCAGAUUGUUCAUUAUUGCAUUGCUGUGUGGGCCACCCAUGUCAGAUGCCGAGAUUGAUCAGUACCUUAUAGCUUUAACUGGUUCCAAUUGUGAUACGUCAGCCAUCAGCUACAUUCGCAAAUGGAAGGCCUACACCAAAAUGACCGCUGCUCCAAAUCAGUACGCGGGUGGAGGAACCAAAACCGUGGGAAUGUUCUCAAAAUUGAUGAACACAGGCUCGCAAUUUCUAAUGGAAGGAGUGAAAAACUUGGUCAUCAAAAAACACAAUUUACCUGCAACACGAGUUGUGGAUGCUUUGAUGGACAUGAAAUCGCUGCAAGAUGUGGACGACUUCCGUUACUUUGAUCCUAAACUACUGCGGUCUGACUCUUCUGCCAUUCCUAGGAACAAGUCGCCUUUCCAAGAGGCUUAUGUGUUUAUGGUAGGGGGAGGUAACUACAUUGAAUAUCAGAAUCUAGUGGACUAUGCUAAAAACAAAUCCAGUGCAGGGACUCUGCGUAAAGUAGUGUAUGGAUGUAGUGAUCUGACCAAUGCUUCACAGUUCCUGAGACAACUAGAGAGACUUGGGACAGAGAAUUAAGUUGUGAUCAAUGUAAAUGAUGUCAAGUUUAAUAUAUUGUUUUUAUUACAACAUUUGAAAUUUUAUGGCAUAACUGUAUUGACUAAAUCCCUUUGUCAUGGAUUUUUUUCAGGCCAUAAAAAAAACUUUGAUUUUUGAACUUUGUUAAUUAGGUUUCACCUUCAUGAAAUGUAAAAACAGAAUAAUACAUUCAUUUCUCAUCUUUUUGCCACAAACAACAAACUUGUGGUCGAAUUCCAUCAGCUGUUUAGUCUGCAUAUAUACUAGUGUAAAUUUUAUUUGCUUAUGAGUUUGGAGUUUGCUAUGUGUUUAAUGCAUGGAGUUUAUGAGUAAAGUGCUUGAGAAAAAUUUACUUUAAAAAUUGUUGCACCAGAUGCUUAUUGGGAGCAUACCACUACCAGUCCACAUGUAUUUAAACUUUUCAACUUGAUUUAUUAAUGUAAUUGAUUUUAAAAUCUUGUGAUGCAGACAACUUAAAAAAAAAAACACACCAAAAAAUGUUGUUAUAAAGAAUUAAAGUGAUGAGAAAACGA